AUGGCCGCGGCGGGGUUGCGGCUUCUUGGAGCCGUGUGGCUCUUCGCGGCGCUGCUGCUGCGGCUGGGCGCCGCAGCGGCGGCCGCCGGGCAGGCGGCGGUGGCAGCUGUGGACGGCCGGCGCGCCAUCGCGGCGACGGGGGAGGACUUCGUGUGCGCGACACUGGACUGGUGGCCGCCGGACAAGUGCGACUACGGCACCUGCGCCUGGGGCCGCGCCGGCCUGCUCAAUCUGGAUCUCUCCAACAAGGUCUUGCUCAAUGCCGUCAGAGCGUUCUCGCCGCUGAAGCUCCGGCUGGGAGGCUCGCUGCAAGACAAGGUGCUGUACGGCACCGCCGUCCUCCGGCGGCCGUGCACGCCGUUCGUUAAGAACGAAUCGGAGAUGUUCGGCUUCACUCACGGAUGCCUGCCUCUGCGCAGGUGGGACGAGCUCAACGCAUUUUUUCACAAAUCCGGUGCCAAGAUUGUGUUCGGGCUGAACGCCAUGAAUGGCCGGGUCCUGUUGCCGGAUGGAUCUAUGGGAGGGCCAUGGGAUUACACCAAUGCAGCAUCGCUGAUUCAGUAUACUGCAUACAAGGGCUACCACAUUCAUGGAUGGGAGCUUGGAAAUGAACUUAGUGGUAAUGGAGUUGGAACCCGAAUCAGAGCUGGCCAAUAUGCCGCAGAUGUGAUCACCCUAAAAACAAUAGUCGACGACAUAUAUCGAAGCAAUCCAUCAAAGCCACUGGUGCUUGCUCCUGGAGGAUUUUUCGACCCAGGCUGGUUUACUGAACUUAUCGUCAAAACCAAGCCAAAUCUAUUGAAUGUGAUCACCCACCACAUCUACAACUUAGGAGCAGGAAGGGAUACAAAUCUGAUUGAAAAGAUCCUCAAUCCGUCGGUCCUCGACGGAAUGGUAAGCAUAUUCAGCAAUCUUCAGGGGAUACUGAAAUCAACAGGGACAUCGACAGUCGCAUGGGUAGGGGAAGCUGGAGGGGCUUACAACAGUGGCCACCACCUUGUCACUGACGCAUUUGUGUUCAGCUUCUGGUUUUUGGAUCAGCUUGGGAUGUCAGCAAAGUAUGACACAAAGAGCUACUGCAGACAGAGUUUGAUUGGCGGCAACUACGGCCUGCUGAACACCACAACAUUUCAACCGAACCCUGACUAUUACAGUGCUUUACUGUGGCAUCGCCUCAUGGGAACCAAAGUUCUAGCAACAACAUUCAAUGGUACCAACAAGAUCCGCGCUUACGCCCACUGCGCUAGAGAUUCGCCAGGAAUCACUCUACUGCUGAUCAACCUCAGCGGCAACACCAAGACCGAAGUCUCGGUGACAGCUCAAGCCGCCCCCGCCGCAGGUGCGCACAAGCACGGCGCAAGGACGGGCUACACCACGGCCCAAGUCUCAGUGACAAACCAAGCCGCCGCCGCCGGUGAGCACAAGCACGGCGGGAGGAGGCACGGCAGGAAGUUCGGGCACGCCCCCGCCCCCGGCUUCGCGGCGGCGGCCGACGGCGCCACGAGAGACGAGUACCACCUCACGCCCAAGGGCGGCGACCUGCGGAGCCAAGUGAUGCUGCUGAACGGCAGGGCGCUGGCCACCGGCGCGGACGGGAGCAUCCCCAGGCUGGAGCCGGUGAAGGUGGACGCGGCGCAGCCCAUUGCCGUGGCGCCCUACUCCAUCGUGUUCGUUCGGAUUUCACAUUUCCAUGCCCCGGCAUGUAGUUAGGACUAGGAGUAGAUGGGCUAGAUCAUAAUAAUGGGGUUUGGGGUGGUUGGUGAUGAUGGAUGGACAGCGAAGCUUUCCAUCUGGAAGAUGAAGUGGGAUGCAAGGGUAUAAUUAUUUGCAUCUCUAUUCUUAGAAUUGUAGAAGGUUGAAGGAGUUAUGAUGAUCAACAAUGGAAAAGGGGAAAAGCUAUUUUCCAGUGUCA